AUGGUUUUUCUGGGUUGUAAACAUGACUUGGAUGAUCCAACUGAAGCAAGUGGCAACUUUUUGGUUCAAAUCCACAAUUUCACCCCUCUUUGCGUCCUUGGAACUCAGAUAUCCCUGGAGAUAGUGCACCAAUCACCAUCGUCCAGCUCCCAUCCGUGGCGCCACGUGAUGGCGGGCCGUGCCGCGGGACGCAUGCUCCGUGCACCGCAGAAGGGCUCGGCUCAUCUGAAGGUCUCCCGAGUGGGGCGGCGAAGCGAAAUCGUGCGCCUGUCGCAUAGCUCCCCGGUGCGGCUGCUUCCCAUGGCCACGGCGGCGGCUGAGCUGCUGGGUCUGCGCAGUGGUACCGCCUGGUGCGCCUUGGGCAGCUUCGGUGGCGGCUUCCUGGGGGGCGACGAAGUGGACGUGGACGUCCACAUGGAGAAAGACACCGUGCUGACGAUGACCACGCAGGCGAGCACCAAGGUGUACCAGGCCAAAGCAGACGGCCGUGCGGCGCUGCAGCGGCUGACAGCCACAGUGGGGCCCGGAGGGCUGCUGGUGCUGAGCCCCGAUCCACUGGUGCCCUUUGCGCAGAGCUACUCCCAACAUCUCCGUUUCGUGCUAGCCGCGGAUGCCUCGGCGGUGGUGGUCGACUGGCUGGGCGCCGGGCGGGUGGCCAAAGGUGAACGCUGGGCCUUCAAGGAGUACCGCUCGCGCAUGGAAUUCUGCUGGGAGGAAGAUCACCUGGUUGAGUCUCUCGCCCUUCGCAGCUGCGACUUCCCCCACUCCGCGCCGCCCUUCGCUGCCAGCGUCACCGUCUUCGCGGUCGGUCCCUUGGCGCAGCCGGUGGCACGGCGCCUACGUGCCAUGGCCGUGACGCUGGCGGCGCGGCGUGGGGCGCGGGUGGGCGAGGACUUCGAGGCCCAGGGGCCAAGCGUCACGGGGCAGGCGGUGAUGGGGGGGACGGAGGACAGGUGCACAGUGGGUAGAUUGAUGGCGGAGAAAUCUGAGGAUGUUUAUCGCAUUUUGCACCAUUGCCUGCUUCCUUUGGAAGAGCACUUGGGGGUGGAACCCUAUGCUGAUAGGGUGCAUGGCAUCGCUCCAUCUGAGAUGGUGGAGACGGAGAUACCAACAGAAGCGGUACCGGUGACAGGAAAAAGUGCAGGAAAUCGGGUAGAUUUGGAGUUGGAUGUGAGAAAAGCUCUGGUGUUGAGUCAACUCACAGAUGCCACUCUGCCAGUGGGUGGAUUUGCCCACUCCAACGGGAUUGAAGCUGCAAGUCAGCUGGGUCUGAAGCUGGAAAAACUGGACUCACUGAGGACUUUGGUGUUUCUGGGCUCCAGGUCCAUGCUGCGUCUGCAAGGUCGAUUCGUGCAGCUGGCCCACAAGUUGGGUGACCAGGAGUCCCUGGAGGCCUGGCACCAGCUGGACCAAGACCUCCAGGCGCACCUGGCCAGCAACGGUGUGGCCUGCCGGGCUUCGGCCCUGCAGGGUGCAGGACUGCUACGGGUGGGACGCCAGUGGCAGACCUGCGGGCGGUGGCCGAAGAAGGGGCACCAUGCCACGGCCUUUGGGCUUCUGGCCGCCAGGCUCUCAUUGGGAGAACUGGCGACCUUGCAAGCCUUCGCCUACUGCACGGUGCGUGAUAGCAUGAGCGCCGCGGUACGCUUGAAUUUGUUGGGGCCCUUGAUGGCAGUUGAAGUGCAAGGCGCCAUUUUGCAGGACCUGUCCGAGGAGCUGCUGGAGCUCCGCGACUCCAGCGCAGAGGCCCUGGCCCUGGCAGGGGGCUGCUGCCCGUUGCUGGACUGCGUGCACUCCGGGCAUGACCUGCUGGAAGCGCGGCUGUUCCUGACCUGA